CGAUGCGAUGCUGGCGGCGGGGAGGCGACGGCGCGGGCAUUUGCAUGGGCUGAAGGCAAAGCGGCUUCGCCCGCUUGCUUUAUUUUUAGCCGGCAGCUCAGGGCAGCGCAGCGCAGCUUCGCUCUGGCGGCGGGGCGGGCGGGGCGGCAGCCGAGGGAGGACCGAGCCGGCAGGGCGGGCGGACGGGCACCGGCGGAGAGAGGUUACCGCAGGGAGCCGCAGCCAGCCGGGCUGCAGAGCGCCGCCGGCCCCCGCCCCGGCGGCUGCGAGGCAGGGACAGGCACACAGCGGCCUCCGGCGUCUCCGCUGCGGCCGCGGCUCCGGCUCACCUCGGGCCGGCGGCGCGGUGCCUGGCUGCUCCCCCGCCGCAGCCGCGGCGCGCCGGGGCCCUGCAGAUGGCCAGUCCCGGGCUGGAGCUGGGAGAGGUUCAGCCUCCUCCUGAUCCCCCCCAGCCCGAGCUGGCCUUCACCGAGGCUCAGAAGUGGAUCGAGCAAGUGACCGGCAGAAGUUUUGGUGAAAAAGAUUUUCGUUCGGGUUUAGAAAACGGCAUUCUUCUGUGUGAGUUGCUGAAUGCAAUAAAGCCAGGAUUGGUAAAAAAGAUCAAUAGACUACCGACCCCUAUUGCAGGUUUGGAUAAUAUCAUCCUAUUCUUAAGAGGCUGCAAAGAGCUGGGACUUAAAGAAUCUCAGCUUUUUGAUCCUGGUGAUCUGCAGGACACAUCAAAUAGAGUAACCAUCAAGAACAUCGACUAUAGUAGAAAGCUGAAAAAUGUGUUAGUCACCAUUUAUUGGCUAGGAAAAGCAGCAAACAACUGCACAUCAUAUAGUGGAUCAACCCUGAACCUGAAGGAGUUUGAAGGUUUGCUGGCACAAAUGAGAAAGGAAACAGAGGAUAUUGAGAGCCCAAAGCGCAGCAUUCGUGACAGCGGCUAUAUAGACUGCUGGGACUCCGAACGCAGCGAUUCCCUCUCCCCACCUCGCCAUGGCAGAGAUGAUUCCUUUGACAGUCUGGACUCCUUUGGCUCCCGCUCGCAGCAGACACCGUCUCCAGAUGUAGUGCUCAGAGGGAGCAGUGAUGGGAGAGGAAGUGACUCGGAAACUGACCUGCCACACAGAAAGAUGCCAGAUGUGAAAAAAGAUGAUAUGUUGGCAAGGCGGACCUCACACGGUGAACCUAAAUCAGCUGUGCCUUUUAACCAGUACCUCCCGAACAAGAGCAAUCAGACUUUCUACGUACCUGCUCCACUUCGGAAAAAGAAAGCUGAACGGGAAGAGUACCGAAAGAGCUGGAGCACAGCAACUUCCCCACUAGGAGACAGACCUUUCAGCAAACCCCACCCUGAAACAAUAGAAGAAGAACAGAAUGAAACAUCAGGACUGUGUGAAAAAGAGAAAGUGGGCUCCAUGGCUCCUGAGGCAAGCUCCCUUAAAAGUCAAGUAGGUUUGAAUCAAAAUGAAGGAAACUUCGUAGACCAGUCUCCUUCAUGUAGUACUAAAGAAACAUCAGCAUCCAAGGGGAAAAAUGCAGAAGAGAUGAAAAAGUUAAGAAGGCUCGAGCAAGCUGGCAUUACGGUCAUGUCAGCAGCCCAGCGCUAUGGCAGUAAAAAGCCAACGCGUGAAGACAACAGAAGCAUCCCAGACAUCAUCCUUCGCAAGGACAAUCCCUUCAUGACAUGUUACCAAGGGAAGGAUUCUGGUUCAGAAGAUGAAGCAUCCAGCAGAAUUCCUGAUUUAGAAAAGGAUGACUUUGCCACCCGGAGAGCCAGAAUGAAUCAACCCAAACAUAUAGUUCCAUUUAACUCCUUUUUAAUUGGACCUUAUACAAGUAAAGAUAAAGGUAAACUGGAAGAUGUUAAAAAGCCAUUGCAGGUGGAAAAGCUGGAACAUGCAAGAAGAAGACGGGUGCACAUGGCAUCAGUAAGGCAAAUAGUAACAAGCAAAGAAAACCCACUUCUGCAAACUGAGAAGACUGAGUCAGAGGAGGAACAGCAGGUGAAAGAGCCUGAUACUGAAAGACAUGAUUUGGCUAAACAGAAAUCUCGAAGCACCCUUCCUCAGCUACAAGAAGAUGCAAUUUUUGUGAAUGCCUCUAUAACAAAAGCAGAUCUGAAGACCUGGAAAAGAUUGAAACUGUCAGGGGAGCCCAGUGAAGAAGAUGUCAAAUGUCCCAGUGACACUGUGCCACCAGCUGAAAUCCCAGUGAAAGCAGCAGACUGUGAUGAUUUUGCUGUCCGCAAAGCCAGAGCAAAUAAAAAGGCUGGUAGUCCCAAGCAGAAGUUUGUGCAUUUUGGGCCAGUGACUGAGAUUGAUCAACAGAAAUGGGACAAGCUCGUUAUUGGCAGAGUUUCAUCCAAGAGCAGAACAGAAGAGGAAAACAAGAAAGAUGGUGUGGAAAGUCACUCUGGUGUUGAAAGCUCUCCUUCAACCACUGUUGGCAGUCUCGGGUUUGUUGAACACAGCGAUGAAAUAUCUAAGCCACAGAAUGAGCUCAGUGAGGUAGCCAAGUCAGGUACAGAUGACUCUUGCAGGAGAAUGCCAUCACCUGUCCCAACUUCGGACACCAUCUCUGAGAAACAAACCCCAUGCGGUUUGAACAAACAGCAAGAAAACACCAAGGAAGAAUGCGACGAACAUUUACCAGACAUUGAGAGAGAUGAUAUGUUGGUUAGAAGGAUGGGAACUUUUCAGAGGCGUAUCACUAGUCCUGUUCCCAUACAUUGUCCUCCCCUGUCAGUAGCUUCUCAUCUGCUGCAGCAGCAGCAAGGGGAGGCAGUAGCUCAUGAGAAGGAUUCGAAGACUCCGUGGGAAGCAGAAAGUACUGUCACACGAGAAGAGGGCCAAGAACAGCUAGAAAUCCUUCAGCUACAGAGCAGCAGAACAGAAGACGAAGUGAAAUUUCCAGACCCACAAAGAGAUGACAUGUUGGCUAGAAGAACUGGAGCUUUUCUAAAACAGCCUGGGCCCAGUGUUAAGCAGUUCCUUCCCAUGCCAUUUUCAAAGCAGGAGAAUAAGCAGGGCACAGCUAGAGAACUUGAGAAGAAAACUAGAAGGCCUGAAAAAUGUCCACAAGUCUGCAUUAAUCGCUCUGGAAAACUUGUAACACAACUGCCACAAGAACAGCAGCAGGGGCAGGAAAAAUGCAGUCUCCCUCCUGCAGGACAAGAUGAGACUAUUUGUAUUGCCCAAGUGGGUGAAGAUAGCCUAAAUGAAGUCCACCUUGGUCAAACGUUUAAGCUUCAGGAGGUUCCUGAGGAAAACAAAACGGAAACAUUGUCAUCCAAGGAUGAGCACCUGCAAACAUUCGGCCCCAGAACUGCUGUGUCUGAUGACGCAGAGAGUAUGAGCAUGUUUGACAUGAGAUGUGAAGACGAAGCUGUGACUCAGCCUCAUAGCAAAGCUCGCCAUGAGAAACUGCAGAACAUAAACAACCAGCUGAAAGAGGACGAGACCAGAUGGCAAGAUGACCUGGCUCGGUGGAAGAGUCGUCGAAGGAGCGCUUCACAGGAUUUAAUUAAAAAGGAAGCUGAGAGAAAGAAAAUGGAAAGGUUAUUGUCUGGAGAUGGAGCGAAUGAGCGCAGAAAAAGCAUCAAAACCUACCGAGAAAUUGUGGAAGAGAAAGAGAGAAGAGAGCGGGAGCUUCAUGAGGCAUACAAGAAUGCAAAGUCACAGGAGGAGGCUGAGAGCAUCCUUCAGCAGUACAUCGAAAGAUUCACUAUCAGUGAAGCUGUCCUAGAGCGUUUGCAGAUGCCAAAAAUUCUGGAAAGAAGCCAUUCAGUGGAGCCAAAUUCCCCACUGAAAGACCAAAAUCCUCUGAGAUAUUUAAGGCAACAGUCACUGCCUGCUCCAAAAUUCACUGCCACCAUUGAAGCAACCAUUGUUCCCACCACCGAACUAGAGCCUAGCAGUUCGAUGGGCAGCACAUCUCCCAGCAAAAGCAUUGUCUCCAAGGCUGUGCCUAUGCUGACACCCAAGCCUUACUCACAACCCAAAAAUACACAGGAAGUUUUAAAGAACUUUAAGGUAGAUGGAAAAGUCAGCAUGAAUGGAGAGAAUUUCAACGGCAUGGAAGACAAGGAUAAAGAGUGUACAACAGUAAUAUUUACUCCUUCGCCAAGCAGAUCUCUGAAAUUUGACGGAGUACCCAGAGGGGACAGGUCCCCGGUAGAGUUGAAGAAGGACCCCACAAGUGUUGAGCUCAGUUUACAGCGGCCUGCCACUGAGAGUGUGCACAAAGAGCCAACACCCUCCCCAGUGGAAGCAGACCCAGCCCCCAGCCAGCAGGUUGAGGCCAGCCCUGGAAGUGCCGGACCCGGGAGCCCAGCGUGCCCAUCCCCGGUUUCAGAUCAAAAGCAAUUCAAGUCAACUGCAGCUUGUGCCAGCCCUGUUGUGAAGAGAUUAGAAUUUCUUCCCAGUCCUGUUCUUUCAGAGGAAGCUGCUUCAAGUGAGGAAAAUGUGAAGAAACCUGAAAUGGAGCAGCAGAAGGAAGCAGACCUCCCUGUUACACCAGAGGUGAUGAAACCAAAAGCCCUGGAACAAGAGGGGAGUGUAGUAUUGCCAUUUUUAAAGAAACUACCUGAGACCAGCCAAGUUACUCUGCAGAAUUCUGGUCAACAAGCUGAUUCUGAUAGUGGUGACAAAUCAAAUCGUUUAAAUUUUUGGUCCUGGGAUCCAGAAGAAGAGCGAAAGCGCCAGGAAAGGUGGCAGCAUGAGCAAGAACGUUUGCUUCAGGAGAAGUAUCAGAAGGAGCAGGACAAGCUGAAAGAGGAAUGGGAAAAGGCCCAGAGAGAAGUGGAAGAGGAGGAGCGUAGAUACUAUGAGGAGGAACGUAAGAUAAUUGAGGACACUGUAGUUCCAUUCAUUGUUUCUUCAAACUCUGCUGAUCUCCUCUCCUCUUCUUCCUCUACUACUGAAGGAAACAAGACACUGAACUCAAACGAUUCAAACAGCCCUCCAGAGGAAGGCAAACAGAAAGAAGCUGCAAGACAGAAAAAGCUGCUCUGGGAGCAGGACAGUAUGCCAUCUCUGAAAAGCAAGGAAAAUGAACUCUGGCAAGAAAAGAGGAGUGGAAAUAAAGUGCUCACAGGACACCCAGAGAUGGGUAUUUUGAAAGGAGGCGAACAGGAGCACCAGGUGCCGAUGAUGGAGCGCAGCUCGCCUGCCAGGCUGAAUCUGCCUUUGACUCAGGACAUCUCCUGGAAUCAGCAGUUGCUGACAAAGCAGUCCCCACAUCGCGCAGAGGACGUUUGGCAGAGACCAUUCCCAGGCCAGAAUGCGGGACAACAGCCGAGCUCUGCAGGGGAAACUAGGAGGGCAGGGUAUCAUGAGAACUUCCGAUCUGGGCCACCAUCUCCCUACUCUCCUGCUGCUCUGAGUCAGUCACCCAACAGGUCUGUCAGCGGAAAGAAGCUUUGUUCUACCUGUGCGCUUCCUCUUGGAAAAGGAGCUGCCAUGAUUAUUGAAACACUCGGUCUUUAUUUCCAUAUUCAGUGCUUCAGGUGUGGCAUUUGCAAGGGACAGCUGGGAGAUGCAGCAAGUGGGACAGAUGUCAGGAUUAGAAAUGGUCUUCUUAACUGCAAUGAUUGUUAUAUCCGAUCCAGAACUGCUGGACAGCCAACUACAUUGUGACAUGACUUUCAGUCCUAAAAACUUUCAAGAAGGAACUCUCUUCUCAUAUGUAUCGGCUGCCUCCAGACAAUCACUUGUAAGAGCUUGAAUCUAUGGACAUCAUGGCUCUCAUCUCAUUUUGUAAAACUCACAGAAAAGCUGCACCUGCUCGUUUAAAAUGCAAUAUAUUGGGUUUUCCCUUUCUUAAGAAAUUUGCAAAAUAUGUGUGACCAUGUUUGGGAAGGCAAAGCCUAAGUAUAUUAAAAAAAUCCCACCUUUCAGGUAUGCUUAUGAUUUCCAGUCUGUUACCUUGUUCUUUUGAAAGUAAUAAGAAAAUAAACAUGCAAUGAAGCUGUUUUGUUUUAAUAUUUCUAGGAAUUAAAAAGUUUAGGUUUACAGAACCUUUAUAGAAUAUGCCAACUGAGCUGAGAAGUAAUUUUAAGAUAGUAUCUAAUCAGUGCAUUUGAAAAACUAAACAUCACAGCAUGACUUCUCUGUUAUAACUGAAGCUAUAACUUUUUUUAUACAGAGACUAGUUUGAUAAUACAUCCUGUAAUUCUGAAGCAUUUUGUGUUUAUAUUACCUUCAGUGGAGGGUAGGAGUUAUACAAAUAAAUUAUUGCACCUUUAGUGAUAGGAUUUUUUUGUUUGUGUACCUCAAGUAAUGUUCAUGACUAUAGCUUAAUAUUCUCUCAAAUAAAGAUUUCUUCAUUAAACCUAAAGACUGUAUACUGUUAACGAUGGCAAGAUUCCCAUUAGGAGCAAUCCUUCUUACUAAGUUCAGCAGCCCAUGGUGUUAUUAAACUUGAUGAAAGGUGAUGAGGGGGAGAGGUGGCCAAGUGGGAAGACACAGCUGAAUUAUGAGUCUCUAAACUGCAGUUUGAUGCUAUGGUGAAGCUUCUCUCUUUGGUGUGUAACUUACUCAUUGAUGCUCUGAGCUGGUUUGAGAUCUACUCAUUCACUUGCAAACAUUAUGGUUGGUUGAAGCCUCAUGCAGAGAAACACAUGUGGUUUGGGUGCCCUCCAGAGCCGAGAAUUAAACAGCCUUGAGCCUGUGUUCCUUCACACACUACCCUAAUAAAGUCAGCAAAAUCCAGGAGUGUGGAAGACAGGCAGGGAGGAGGCUGGUAGCAGUAGGAAAAAAAGACUUAACUUGCCUGUGUUUGGGCCAGUUUUCAUUUUGUUGUUUUUUUGGUUAAGCGGAUCUCCUUACUAAAGUGAUCUGGCAGCUCAUAGAAACAGUGGUCAGAGCUGUGUCAUUUUAUCUGCAAUACACAUACAAGGUUAGGGAUGUGUUGCAACUGUAAAAUAUCCUAGGACUUUUUGGUAAACAGUUAUUGGAAAUAUCCCAUUUGAGCAGUUAUGAUGCAACUUAAAAUGGAAAAAAAAAAAACCACCCUACUUAUUCUGCCUUAAAACUGUGAUAAAAUUAAAUUAAUAGAGAUGUAUUUUAUCUACGUGCACAUCCAUUGUCUUUUGAUGUGUUGGUAAAUGGAAAUGAAGUGGCUAUUAGGGAAGCAAUAAAUUUGAGUUGUUCUCUAGCUAGCAACUAUUUAUUUAAACACUAGACAGUUGCUUGCGUGUGAGUUGCAUACCCAUGCAAAACUGUGUGUCAUUGAAAACCCAUGUAUGAUGUCCUUGGAGGACAUUGUGACUAUCUGCUGAAAAGUGACAUGUUACUUCCUUAAUAUUGUGCCUUAGAAAAUGCAAAGCUGUUGCACACAGUCAGUGGUGACUUAUGGAUGCAAUAAAUCCAAAAAGCUGGAGUCCUUCCUGGACUUCACCUGGGGAAUAUUUUUAAAUAAAAAAAUCAGACAAAGGUUUUGGAAAUAAAUGUGAUGUCCAAUAUUUUGAUCAACCAUCUGCAUGAUUUACUGUUAAAGGGUUUUGAUAACCAGGAUGCUUACUCUUUGCAUGUGGUCAUCAUAACAUUUUCCCACAACUAAUGCAUAACAUGGGAAUUCAAGAAGCAGAUUUUAUAAGCGACUUUGUACAUCUGUAUAACUCCAUGAGCUGCAUUAAGGAUAUGUGAAUAUAUGAUGUCUAGGCCUAAUUUUUAAACAAGACCAUGCAUGCUUGUGUGUCUAUUUGGUACAAGUCACUACCACUGCUUCACCCAUGUGAUAGAGUUUAGAUGUGCAAAUAAAUCCCCAAGCUUAUCAAAGAGUUGGUUGUCACAGGGGUUAGAUCUGCUUCUCAUUCACAUUAGGGGUAAGUGCCCAAAGGGCUUAGAAGCAUGGUUGGGAUUAAAAUGCAUGGACGAGGGGUGGGGUGGGUGUAUGCAUCGCACUGGGACACACCACUGGGUCUCUGAAGCUGCUUAGAAAUUGAUCCCAGUGCCUAUCAAUUAGUUUCAUAUAUGCAUGUUUUAGCAAAGUUGAUUGUAUGUAAAGUGAAAUGAAACAGUGUUCUCAGAUGAUGAUUUUUUUCCCCUAAUGAACAUGUCUUCACCAGCACAGAAUAAUUUUCAACAGUUUUCUAAGAAGUUAUACUUGCCAACUGCUUAUGUUUGAUUUUAUAUUUCCUUUGAAGUCUCAUAUGGCAAAUUCAUUCAGGCUAAGAUUUCUGUUUCCUUUUUUUUUUUUUCCCCAGUUUAAACACAUAUAUAUGAUGAUACAUUUCUUAUCAGGAACUUUGAGCACAAAAAAAAGCAAAACACUUUAUUAGAUUUGAACUACAAUGUAAAUGUAUUUGUUGCAAAAAAUGAUUUAUUAUUGCUAAGCAAAUACCAUGUAUGUAAUGAGGUUUAAAUGUUUCAGAAUUUAUUUAGCCUCUUACUACUUCAGAGAACCUGAACAGGUGUCAUAACCCAUCUGUAUUUUACAAUCCCAUUUUCCAUGGUGUACUUUUUCCUUACUCUUGCUAUGUAGUGUUGUUGAUGCAGUACAUCUGUAGUUCUUGGUGAAUGUCCUAAAGGUUGGUGAAACAGAAGCGGACCAUCCUUAUCUGCAUGUCCAUUCAAGGACAAGGAUUGCUGUCCUAGCUGGGGCUAAUGUUGAAUACCAGUUACACUAAUCUUUCCUCUAUUUUAUUUAUUCUAAAAUGCCUCUGGAAAUUAGGAAAACUUGUCUAAAAUGCAACAGCUUUUAUAGUAAAUGUAUGUUUAUAAAUAAAAUGUUGAUUACC